GCUGUGCCCCCGGAACCCGGGGCUGUCAGUUCACCGCGGACUCCGCGUUCCACCCCGGCGUGAUACCCUCGCUAUGGCCGCCCCGCCGCAGCUGCGAGGUCUGCUCCUGGCUGUGAACGCCCUGUUGCGCAAGCGUCGCUACCACACUGCGUUGGCCGUGCUUAAAGGCUUCCGGAACGGAGCCGUCUAUGGAGCCAAAAUCCGGGCCCCUCACGCAUUGGUCAUGACCUUUCUCUUCCGGAGUGGCAGCCUCCGGGAGAAGCUUCGGGCCAUCCUGCAGGCCACGUACACCCACUCUUCGAACCUGGCCUGCUUCGUGUUCACCUACAAGGCCCUCUGUGCCCUGCAGUCGUACCUGCAGGGGGAGACUCACCAGGUGCACUCGUUCCUGGCUGGCUGCAUCGGGGGCUUCCUGGUGUUUAAAGAGAACAAUAACAUCAACAGCCAGAUCAACAUGUACCUGCUGUCACGCGUCCUAUUUGCCCUGUGCCGCCUGGGAGUGGAGAAGGGCUACAUUCCCGAACCCAAGUGGGACCCAUUCCCAUUGUUCACCGCGUUAGUGUGGGGGCUGGUGCUGUGGCUCUUUGAAUACCAUCGGCCCACGCUGCAGCCCUCGCUGCAGUCCUCUAUGACCUACCUGUACGAGGACAGCAAUGUGUGGCACGACAUCUCGGACUUCCUCAUCUACAACAAGAGCCGUCCCUCAAAGUAACGCAGCCCUGAGGUGCUUAUGGGGGCUUCUACCUGAGUAGGCUCUGGGCGGUGUCCAGUUGUGGCAUGAGAUUGGCUCCAUCAGUGAAACCUCCCAGAGGAUCCUGCUUUCCCAGGAUCAUGGCUCUCAGACUCCAACUUUUAUUAACCCAGGGUUCCAUUGUCCAAAGCAAAAGCACCAAUUUUCCAAUCUCAUUAGGUCCUCUUGAAUGGUGGAGUAAGAGGCUGAAUCAGGCUGAGGAACCUAACGCAUGGUUCCAGCAUACUGCUAACUUCUGUGAGACCAGGGAAAGUCACCCCCUCUCUAGGCCUCAGGGGUCAUGGAGCUCAGAGGAGGGCCCUGAAAUCUCUUUCUGGUGGGUAUGUUCUUUGACUGUUCUUACGCUGGUGGGCAGUGGGUUUGCAAAUAUGUUUUUACAAAAUAUUAAGUUCCUUUUCUCGAGUGUUCUAUUGGAGAGGCUCUAGAGUUUCACUGUCCAAUAGAAACAUGAUGACAGUCAUAUACGUAUGUAAUUGAAAUUUUUCUAGUGGCCACAUUUUAAAAAAGUGGAAAGAAGCAGAUGAGAUUAAUUUUGAUAUAUUUUAGCCCAAAUUUCUAAAAUAUUAUCAUUUCAACAUGUGAUUACUAUGAAAAUAAGAUCUUUUAUAUUUUUUCUUAUGUGAAGUCAUCAAAAUCAAGUAUAUGUUUUACAUUUACAGCACACCUCAAUUUAGACCAGUCAUAUUUCAAGGCUCAGUAAGUAGCCCCUAUGUGGCUAGUAGUGGCUGUAUUGAAGAUAUAGAAUACUUCCAUCAUCACAGAAAAUCCUCGUGGACAUUGCAGAUAUAGAGCUAGAGGACAUGGUUGGAGUCCCCACCCCACCACUAUGUAAUUUUGAGGAAGGUUUGUGACCUCCCAGAGCCUCAGUUUCUUGUAAAAUGAGGAUAAUUGUAAUAAUACCCGGUGUCCAUGUUGGACUUGUAUAACUGCAACGGCUGCUACCCACACUAAUCGUUUCCAUUUAAUGAGCUCCUACUUCCUCCUGGGUGCUUUGCACAUACUUUUUAAAUCCAUACAAUGACCUUACAGGUCUGUAUUUUGAUUUUCAUUUUACAGAUGUGGAAACAGAAUCAGAGAAGGGAAGUAACUUGCCCAAGAUAUACAGUUAGUAUGGUAGCCCUAUCAGGGUUUGAACCCAGAUUUAUCUGAUUUCAAAGCCUGUGUGUUUUUAAGUGCCUUACUUUAAAUUUAGAAACCUAAGCUAAGCUAUGCAAAUGUUAGCUAGGUCUAGGGUCUGUUUCAGAAGGGGGUACAAACUCAAAUGCCUACAGGGGCCUGACAGUGACAUAAGUGAUAAUGUUCUGGGUGCUAUGUAGUAGGGACUGACGAGGUCGCGGUGAACUGGAGACUCAGGUGCCAGUCCGAUAUUUUAAAACCAAGCUGGACAAAUCCAUCAGGUCUCCAGGAAGCUUUGGUCCAUGGACCCACUAAUUGGAGUCCCUUGGCCUAAUAGGAAUAUCUCAGUCUCUUUAUAUUUUAGAACUUACUAGUAGAAAUGUACACAGGAGUCACUGGCGAUCUUAUUAAAAUGCAAAUUCUGAUUCAGUGGGUUUGGGGUGGGGCCUGAAUAUUCUGCAUGUCUCUCAGACUCCCAGGUGCUGCUGCUACUGCUGCUGGUCUGAGCCACACCUUGAGUAGCAAGGUAGUAGGGGAUGAUAUGGGGCCAGCUGCUAUCCCAUGUGACACAUGUGGAAACUGAAUUGAACAGAGCUGAGCUGUUAGGUAACAGAGCAGGGAUUAGGUCUGAUUCUAACAGCUGUGUUCUCAGCCACGCUGUUGUACUGCCAACCUGGAGAAAGUGAUCUUGAAGGUCCCUUAGUUCAUUCUGUGGAGGGUGAACGAGAUCCUAAGGUUAUGGGGAAGGGAGGGGGUCGUCAUCAGCAAGUGGGUUUUAUGGCAGAUGGGGGGGGGGGGGCCUGCCCAUAUCCCUUUAGUUUACCACGUUAGUGCAUACCAGCCAGCUUUUCCAACAGCCACCCCUGUGUCUUUCUGCCUGAGGCCAUCACUUGCCACUGGCACCUGCUUUGCCACCCUGCAGCAGACCUGCAGUGCAGGAGGAUUAACACAUCCAGGGCACAGCUCUCAAUCAAUGCCCGAUAAAUAGCCCCAGUCCCGCCCCCCUUGCCCAGUAGGCAUGCUCCAUUCUGGCUCCCAGGGCAGUCCGGCAGGACUGAGCCCCUCUUGUCCACAGUGGUCACUUGCUCGAUAACACCUCCUUUCCUGUCUCCCUUCCUCAUGCCCCUACCAGUGCUCCCCGGGACCACUUCCCAGGUAAACCACUUGCACUCAAAUCCUUGUCUUGGGGUCUGCUGUUGGAGAACCCAAACUAAAACUGGCCUCUGGUAUGGCAGGUUGAGAGGUAGUGUAACAUGGUGGUUGGGGACAUAGGCUUUGAAGCCCAUGUCUGGGCUCAGCUCUGGUUCUGUUGUUUCCUAGGGCAAGUGAUUUAACUAUUCUGUACCUGUGUUUCAAUCAUCUGUAAAGUAGGUGUCCUAUAGGGUGAUCUGGAGGAUUAAAUAUGACACAUAAAGUGAUCACUCAGUAAA